AUGUCAAAUAGUACAAGCCGCUGGUACCCUUCUAGCGCUCCUGGUAACGUCCCUUUGCGAAGAGUUCAAACACAAAUUGUGGAGACAGAGAUCAAAGACGCGAUUCAACGCCUAGGAGUCGCAACCUCCAAUGUCUACGAUAAUAUCUCGGUUCUCUCAACUCACUGGGGCUCUGACGAUACUGGCGGAGAGAAAGACAGCUCUCUUUUCAUUGAAACCAUUCAGAAGCUUCAGAACGUUGACGCCCACAAAUGUAUCCUGUCACCGCAAGGACACACCGACAUGGAACUAGCUCGAGAUGUGUUUAUCGCAUUGCCACCCAGGGCUUCGAGUCGCAAACUUUUCAUCUUUCACUAUGCGGGCCACGGCAUUCCUGGUACCACAUUCAUCACCCCAAAAAUCGGUCAGAAACCGGGCCAAGGGCCAGAAUUAGACCUAUCUAGACUGAAAAACGAGUUAAAGGCGGAGGCUUCGUGUCAAGAUCUGGACGUUCUUUUCGUUGUGGAUACACGCUUUACUCCUAUCUCUGUCAGUGGAUGGGGCUCGAUGGCCAAGGGCGCGAGGAUAGAGUCCGUCGCUGGCGCUGCACGCAAGGGAGUGACUGCCUCGGAUGGCCGGACUUUCACGGAGCACUGGUGUGCAGCUUUUAACAAGCUGCUGGACGCCGGAAAAUCUUUUACUUCCGAGGACAUCAUCAAGAAUAUCAAUUCCGACUCUGAGCUCGAGCAGUUUCCCUCCUUGUUUGUUCUGCUUGAAGGAUGGGAUUUGCCCAUCACGUUUUCCCUCCAUCCCAGCACGAUCGAAUCAUCUUUUUCGUCCGUGUUGACUUCCCAAACGGCCGUAACGGUUUUUCAUGUCGAAGAAAAUCCUGAUUCCCUCUCUGUCAAGCAGUUGAUCGAAUACUUCAACAACACGCCAGUACCAAUCACGAUCUUGGGAACACUGCCAGUAUCUGGCACGUUGAUUGUGCUUCGCAUGUCUGUGUUUUUGCAAGAGUUGCUUGCUGGUUCCCGAGUCGCCUUCAUGUUAGAAGAUGAGUUGAAUCAGAAGAUGAGUAUCUCUACAAAGUUGAUCAGUCUCUGGCACCAACUGGGCUGGUUGCCUACAUGUCGAAUCACUGAGUCUCUCAUCCUUGGACCUACAUAUAUCCUCAACCCCUAUGUAACCGUCACCCCUUCAGCGAUUCUCACGUUCAACACUAUCGACCUAACUCACUACCUGCACGUCGACGUCAAUAAUAUGGUUCUACCUAGGCCCCGAAUUUCCCAUGAGCUUGAGAGUUACCAAUCUCAAUGUACCAUAAUCCGGCUCAAGCAGUCUAUCUGGAGCAUCGACUAG